CACAUCCACACACAGCCCAGUCUUUGAGUGCUGUGAUUAAAUGAACAGUGUCCUGUGUUCAAGCUGUCUGUUGAGCAACUCUAUAAUAAUCGAUGGGCUGGAAGAGAAGCUGGCGCUCUGCAGACAGUGUGUGGAACAGGUGGAUCUUAAACUGCGCAGGGAGAAGCUCAGCCCUGAAAGAAGAAGGUCACUGGAGAGAGAAAGAAACUUACUAAUGACCAAAGCUGACAACUAUGAGAAAGAACUGAGCGUGCUUCGUAAGGAAAAUCGCAAGAAUGCUGCUCUUGCUGUGGCCAUGGGGUUACUAAUUGCUCUUAUUUAUGCCUGCUGGACAAUGUGAUUGCACUCCAGAAUUCUCCCUGCUAAUCAGAUGACUCUCCUGCAAGGAGCUCUUCAUUCUCUCACCAAUGUGCCUCCUUCCUAUGGGUAUGAAUGAGCAUUUCACAUUGCUAUUCUUGUUUGUCCUCCCCAAGCCUCACUGUGGGGAUGCUUUCUCUCCAAGAACUGAGGGUUUGGGAGGCAAACUAGAAAUCAAAGCACACUUGUGAUCAGAAAGAGCAUCAAGCAGGGAUCAAGGUGGAGCCCUCUUACCCAAUAGGCAAUCAAGACCCUCCUGGCUGAUGCAGGAAGGCAGUACAUUCUCCCUUUUAAAGACCUCUCUGGGCCACCUUCUUGGUUGCUGUGCCUCAGCAAUAAGCUGAAGAGAUCAAUCUCUCUGGAUCAAAAGGGAAACCCGAGUAUUGUGCAUUCGAAAGCAUAUAUAUCCCCUGAGCCGAUGCUAAAGAGAGCCUUUCUUCCUCCACACAAACUUACAGGACUAAAGGAGUCCUACCUUCACAAAAUCAGAUGGGAGGUGGGUAUCUCUCUCCCUCUGUCUCCGCAAACAGGUAGCAGACAACUUGAUCUUGGUGCUUGGACUUUGAAAGAUCUGCCUACCUCUCAGGUACAUCAGAGCCUGUUAACCCUUCUGUGCCUCCAAGAAUCAGCACUUGCAUAAAAGUUUCCUAUCAACUCCAAGAUAUGAAGUCCCUCUGUAGGGUUUUAAAUAAAUAAAGUAGUUAGACCUGGUA